CCGCGCUGCUGGAGGCGCUGGCGCCGGGGCCGCUGGCCGGUGUCUGCGCGGCGGCGUGCGGGCGUGCUGGCCGGGCUGCGCGGCCGCAGGGGUCGGACCCGGGUCCUGAGGGCGCGGAGGGAGCCCACGGCCGCCGCCGCCACCCCCGGCAUGUCGGCCGAGGCUUCGGGCCCGGCGGCCGGGGCCCUGUCCCUGGAGGUCCCUAAGCCCUGGGGCCUCGAGCCGGGCGCCGCCGCCGCCCCCGGGCUGCAGCCGCAGAGCCCGAACAGCAAGUACGUGAAGCUGAACGUGGGGGGCUCGCUGCACUACACCACGCUGCGCACGCUCACGGGCCAGGACACGCUGCUCAAGGCCAUGUUCAGCGGCCGCGCCGAGGUACUCACCGACGCCGGAGGCUGGGUGCUGAUUGACCGGAGCGGCCGCCACUUUGGUACAAUCCUCAACUACCUUCGGGAUGGGUCUGUGCCACUGCCUGAAAGUGCCAGAGAACUUGGGGAGCUGCUAGGUGAAGCACGCUACUACCUGGUCCAGGGCCUGAUUGAGGACUGCCAGCUGGCACUGCAGCAAAAAAGGGAGACCCUGUCCCAGCUGUGCCUCGUCCCCAUGGUGACAUCUCCCCAGGAGGAGCAGCAGCUCCUGGCCAGCACCUCCAAGCCCGUGGUGAAGCUCCUGCACAACCGCAGUAACAACAAGUACUCCUACACCAGCACUUCAGAUGACAACCUACUUAAGAACAUCGAGCUGUUUGACAAGCUGGCCCUGCGCUUCCAUGGGCGGCUGCUCUUCCUCAAGGAUGUCCUGGGGGACGAGAUCUGCUGCUGGUCCUUCUACGGGCAGGGCCGCAAAAUCGCCGAGGUGUGCUGCACCUCCAUUGUCUAUGCCACGGAGAAGAAGCAGACCAAGGUGGAAUUCCCAGAGGCCCGGAUCUUUGAGGAGACCCUGAACAUCCUGAUCUACGAGACUCCCCGGGGUCCAGACCCAGCCCUCCUGGAGGCCACAGGGGGUGUAGCCGGAGGUGGAGGGGUGACCCGAGGGGAGGAUGAGGAGAACCGAGAGCAUCGUGUCCGCAGGAUCCAUGUCCGGCGCCACAUCACCCAUGACGAGCGUCCUCAUGGCCAACAGAUCGUCUUCAAGGACUGAUCUUGACCUUUCUCCUUGUUUUUCUUCUACCACUGGGACCCAGUCCCUUUCUUUUCCUCCCCUUCCCAUACCUUUGCCCCGGCUUUGCUGGCCAAGUCGUGGGUCUCCCUUCUGCCCUUUUAUUGCAUGGUACUUCCACUUUGGCCCUUUUCCAUUCAUCCUCACUUCCUUGCUAAUAACACGGUACAUUCCAGCCCCUUCCCUCAGUCAGAGCCCUUCAGAAGGCCUACAUUCAUUCCCUUAUCACCACUCUUGCCCUGCUUUUUCCCCUUACCAGCUGGUUUAAAAUGAUUUAGAGUUCUCUUUCUCUUUUUUUAGUACAUUGUACAUGCCAAAGUGUCAAGCCAGCCCUUAAUAACACCCUCCACAUUCUGAGCUGCCUCCCAACCAUUGUGCAGGAUAGUUUGCUCCCUCUUUCCCUUUAUGUUCUCCCUACCUCUUUAACUUUGUAUUAGGCUGGCCUGCGCCUGCACCAGCUCAGCUGUCUUCCCAGUCUGUUUCAUAUUAUUUAUUAUUUUAAUUUUCUAUUAAAUUAUUGAAAUAAAGUUGAAUUGAGGA